AUGGCGGUGGGAAUGUCAGCCGGACUGUGGGAAUGGCAGUGGGAAUGUGAGCCCGACAGUGAGCCCGACAGUGGGAAUGUCAGCGGGAAUGUCGGCCAGACAGUGGGAAUGUCAGUGGGAAUGUCAGCCGUACAGUGGGAAUGGCAGUGGGAAUGUCGGCCGGACAGUGGGAAUGUCAGUGGGAAUGUCAGCCGGACAGUGAGAAUGUCGGCCGGACAGUGGGAAUGUCAGUGGGAAUGUCAGCCGGACAGUGAGAAUGUCGGCCGGACAGUGGGAAUGUCGGCCGGACAGUGGGAAUGUCAGUGGGAAUGUCAGCCGGACAGUGGGAAUGGCGGUGGGAAUGUCAGCCAGACUGUGGGAAUGGCAGUGGGAAUAAGCUGUCCCGAGUCGCUAGGUUCCUCCAGCACUGUGUGUGUGUGGUCAGCUGGCAGCUCCCUGUCCUGUGUACUGCAGCUGCCCAGUGGUCAGUCCGGCCAGCCUUCAUGCCGUGCUGCUCACUGGGCGGUCAGCGGCUGGGGUGACGGGCGGGUGGACCUUCCCCUGGCUCUAACUCUCUCUCUCUCUCUCUCGCCCGCAGCCUCUCUCAGCGCUCACUCAUCGGUUCGCCAGCGCCAGGUGGAAGUCCAGCACACGGCACCAUCACAGAGGGAACUAAACCACUCGGACCAGGAGUCGUGCCUGAGCCUGGGCAGUGAGCCGCCUCGCCCGCCUGCCUCCUCCCCCCACACCCACAGCUCCGGCCACCGCUCGCUGCCCUCCAGACCCUGCUCCCUGCUGAAACUGACCGAGGAGCUGACCCCCACCCACAGCACGGCCUCGGACUCUAACACGCCCACCCCCAACGGCAGCAGCCAGGCGGGCGACUCUCUCGGCAGCAUGUACUCGGAGAGCGUGGCCGACACUCCCCCCGCCGCCAGGAAGCCCCCCGCCGCCCGCGGCCUGGAGAAGUCGGCCAGCCUGAGCGAGAUCCACCGCGGCAACGAGGGGUCGGCCAUCAGCCCGUCCGAAUCGUCCCGCUCCCUCAGCCCCACCUCCACUGAGCCCGAAGCUGCCGCCGCCGCCGCCGGCACCGGCCAACCCCAGCCCCGCGACGGCGGCUCCAAGACCACCAAGAUCCCGCAGCUGGCCACCAAAAAAUCCCCCAUGGAAGAGGACAGCACCUCGACCGGCGAGGACACGGAGCCCAACCCCGGCAAGAAAAAACCCGGCUUCAAACUCUUCAAGAAGAAGGUGAAGUAGUCGUCUAGACUACAGUGGUCUAGAGACACACCAGAACUGUCGCAGUGAGUGAGUGAGAGUGAGGGGGCAGACUCUCCCACGCACACCUUCACUCAAGUCCGCAGGCUUUGUCCUUUGUCCCCAGGGAGUGGAUUUUAUUUAAUCUUAUUUAUUUUACAGACUGGUGUUUCCUGUUUGGUGACGGAGCAGCUAGAGGCGGCCGUUCCCGCCUCCUCCUCCCCCCCCCCUCCCUCUCUCGCGCUGCAUGCCCCCCCCCCCCCCCCCCCCCCAACUGCUGGUGUCUGUCUGUCCGUCUGCCUGCCCGCCUUGUGUCAGGUCAGCAUGCGCGCGCCACGCUUCUGCAAAAAAAAAA